AUGUCGUCGACGGUUUCAAUUUAUGUCGCCAUCAGCAUCAGCGAGGGCGUUUACAAACACUGGGGUGUUUUCAUCGAUGCACCCCGGGAAGAAGACAAAAUUUUCCUCCAAGUGGCGGGUUCAGAUGGUCGAUUCCGCUAUGAGCUGGAAACAACAGAUGUUCGACAAUCGGAAAGAUUGGUGGAGUUGCUUCCCCUAUGCGAUGUGGAAGUCGCCGAAAUCAACUCCAUCACGACAGUCGCCAGUCAAGUCACCGUUCACAAUGAGAUUCGAGGCUGGAAUUGCCAAGACUACGUGCUUGAUCUUCUAGAGGCACUAGAAAAAGAAGCGAUAGUGAACAGCAAAGACGCGGCUUACGAGAAGCAGAAAGAUUUGCUUCAUGGGAAGCAGGAAGGGCUGGCAUAG